AUGGAGCUGGACCCUGCACCACCUGUUCUCAACCAGACUGUACUGGUCUCUGGGCCGGGGCCCUUCAUCCUGUUGGGGGUGCCAGGACUGGAGGCCUGGCAUGCCUGGCUUUCUGUUCCUGUGUGCUUGCUGUAUAUUGCAGCUUUGGUGGGAAAUGCCCUUCUACUGGGAUUGGUGGCAGCAGACAAGGCACUUCAGGCACCCAUGUACCAGCUGUUGGGGCUCCUGGCGAUCACUGACUUGGCGCUAGCCACCUCCACUGUGCCCAAAGCGCUGGCAGUGCUCUGGGGCUUCUCAGAUGAGAUCUCUUUUGGGGCCUGCUUAGCUCAGCUCUUUGUUGCCCAUGUGGCCUUCAUUGCCGAGUCCUCAGUGCUGCUGGCCAUGGCUGUGGACCGUUAUGUGGCCAUUUGCCAGCCUCUGCGCUAUGGGGCCUUACUGAGCCAGCGUGUAGUUGGUGUGGUGGCUGUCGCUGCUGUGACCCGGGGUGCCUGUGUCAUGGCGCCUCCUGUGGCCCUGCUCCAGAGACUGCCCUACUGUGGGCGGCGGGCACUGCCCCACACCUACUGUGAGCACAUGGGAGUGGCACGACUGGCCUGUGGUGACACACGCCCCAACGUCUGGUAUGGACUGGUCACCACCUUGCUCUCUCCAGUUCUAGAUCUGGGCCUCAUAGGUGCUUCCUAUGCUUUUAUUCUCCGUGCUGUCUGUCGCCUGCCAUCCCACGGUGCCCGUCACAAGGCCCUGGGCACCUGUGGGGCCCAUGCCAGUGUCAUCACCCUCUUCUACACACCUGCUCUCUUCUCCUUCCUGACUCACCGUUUCGGCCGCCAUACAGUGCCCAGCCACAUCCACAUCCUGCUGGCCAACCUGUACGUGGUGGUGCCCCCAGCUCUGAAUCCUGUGGUCUAUGGCGUGCGCACCCAGCAAAUUGCAUUGAGGCUCAGGCACUUGCUCCGACUCUGCUGGGUGGGGCCAGUGCAAGUGGUGGGCCCUGAAAGGGAAGAAUGA